AUGGCACAGAAUGGAGCAGUUCCGGAGCUGCCAGAGGCUGUUUCAAAACCUCCUGAAGGUGUCGUCCUUCCCCCUAAGGACAUAAGAGCAAUCAUUGAGAAAACUGCGGGUUACGUGGCUCGAAACGGUCCUGUAUUUGAAGAUCGAAUUCGCGACAAGGAACAGGCGAAUCCUAAAUUUUCUUUCCUUUCACCAUACGAUGCGUAUGCACCAUUUUACCAGUGGCGACUAUCAGAGGUGCGGUCAGGACGGGGAACCGUGGUUUCGGCGGGAAGAGCAGGAGAUGCUACACCUGUGCCAGAGAAGCCCAAAGGGCCGGAGCCUCCUCCAGAGUUUCAGUUCAGUGCUCGGAUGCCAAAUAUUAGUGCAUUGGAUUUGGAGGUUGUCAAGUUGACGGCUCUACACGUUGCACGCAAAGGAAAGAGUUGGAUGACCGCAUUGUCACAACGAGAGGCGCGAAAUUUCCAAUUCGACUUUCUCCGUCCACAGCACUCUUUGUACAAUUUCUUCCAAAGACUGGUAGACCAAUACACGAUCCUCCUCCAGACCGGCCCCGAAGGCCAGAAAGCUGAACAAGCACGGAUACAAGCGCUCCAAGCCAACGUACAGGACCGGUUUCGUGUUCUCAACCUGGCCAAGAAACGUUCGGAAUUUACCAAAUGGCAAGAAACGCAGAAGCAGAAAAAAGAGGAGGCAGAAGAGGCAGAAAGACUUGCCUAUGCGCAGAUUGAUUGGCACGACUUCGUGGUUGUCGAAACAGUCUUGUUCACAGAAGCUGACGAUCAGGCUGAACUCCCACCCCCGACAACAUUGAACGACCUACAGAGCGCGAGUCUCGAACAAAAGGCAAUGAUGAGUCUGGCUCGACCCGACAUGCGAAUUGAAGAAGCAAUGCCCACGGAUGACAUGGAUGGGUACUCUUAUCCCGGCUACAACGAUCCCUAUACCCAACCCCAGAACAACGGUUGGGCCCCGGAAGCAGCAGCAGCAGCAGCACCGCCACCACCAGAAGCAGCAAGGCCAGCCUACACACCAUCCUCAGUCCCCCCUCAGGCUUCAUCUUCUCCAGCACCAAUACCAUCCUACGCACCAGCUCCAACCGUACCACCGCCAGCAGCGGUGCCAUCUCCACUUCCUCCUCCAUCGACCGCCUCGCCGGCACCAGCUCCAGGCCAACCUCCCAUGCGCAUUAAAUCAGACUACAUUCCGCGGGCACAACAACGAGCGACCCGCGCCGCCACUGCUCUAUGUCCGAACUGUGGGCAGCAAAUUCCUGUGGCAGAACUCGACGCUCAUUUGCGAAUCGAGCUCCUCGACCCCCGUUGGAAGGAACAACAGUCCAAGUCUGCGGCACGGUUCUCAACCACGAAUCUUGGUGGCACAGAUGUUGCCGCAAAUCUCAAGCGUUUACGGGCCAGAACCGAUGGCACUGGUGCGAGUGCCGAUCCUGUGGCCGAGGCCGCGGCGAGGGUGCUUGGCGAGCAGGAAGAAGAAGAGGAGGAGGAGGAGAGACGUAAGAGAAUGCGCCUUGAUGGCACCACUGAUCCUGGAGUGUACCCUGGCGUCGGUGCACAACAGCAACCGAUGAACGUACAGGAGCAGAUUCGGCAGAUUCACAACAAAUAUAAGUCAUGA